AAGUCUUAAGGUCAAAGCUAAUCAUUUAAACAUGUCAACGGCAAUCGUGCCCAUUUCCUGAUGAAAAAAGCGCACAGAUCAUGAUUGUGUCCAUGAACAAAGACAAACGGUGUUGAUUCUAGCUGUCAUCCAUAACUCCAAGACCAACGUCAUCUUUAUCUCUGACCUCAAACGCUUUUCUAAAGCCGUGUCCUUCUGGUUCUUGAUACUAAUGAUAUCUCCAAAACCCUAACAUAAACCACCAAAAUUUCAAAGACAUAAUUCGAUCUUUAAUUUUAUCUCUUCAAUUGGGGUUCCUUUCUUUUAUUCCUCUCUAGAUUUUUCGCUCCUCUCUGUCUACGAUAUGUCAAAGGUCACGAAAAUGGGAAGUCUACCCAUGAACGCUGUCGUCUUGGACAGUUUCGUGGGCUUUGCACUGCAAGCUAUGGUUGUUGAGACCGCCAUUGUUGCUACAAAAUCUGUCUCUUGGUUGCUUAUGAUGAUGGGAACUCUGCCUAAUGGAAUUGAUGUCUUCAUCAAAGAGCCUGAAGCAUAUGCAGGGUUUCCACUUGCUCGGCUUCUUGCGGUGAGUAAACCUGGUCCUGGCAACAAGGAUGCCUGUGACACUGAGGAUGAUGAUGAUGACGAGGAAGAUGAAGCAGCAGAUGAUCAAGAUGAAGAUGGAGGUGAGGAGGAAGAUGGAUCUGGUGAAGAGGGUAAAAAUGAAGGGGAUCCAGAGGAUGAACCCGAGGCCAAUGGGGAUGGUGGCAGUGGAGAGGAGGAUGAUGACGAUGAUGACGAUGACAACGACGAUGACGAUGAUGGUGAGGAGGAGGAAGAAGAAGAGGGCGAAGAAGAGGAAGAGGAAGAACUUCAGCCACCCACUAAAAAGCGAAAAUGAGCUUGGAUCUUUUUUCUUGUUUUUUAUUUUGUCUUGCUGAGGUGGAGUGGGAAGUUAGGAUGGGCAGAUUUGGGCUGUGGACUAAGGGUGUCUGUCCAAAAUAUAGAGUAGAUAAGAUUUUGACAUUUCUAGAAACCAGACCUGUUUCAUAUUUCUUAGUGUACAGUUAAGAGUGUCAUUGUAUAAGCUCUGCUUCAUUCCGUUGAGGAUUACAUUUAUGCUUCACCACCUUCAAAAUGCUCUCUUCCAAGCA